AAAAGUUCGUCUUACUCCCGUAAGACUUUUUAUUUUAUUGUCAAAUUGCGGUUGCUUAAUGAAAGCAUACUCGGCUUUUUUGCCAAACAUUCCCUUAAACGGCGAUGUUUUGCGAAUUUCAACGCAAUACUCAGUCUGUGAUGGAUUUGCCAGAUCUGUGCAGCAAACACAGCAUUCGCUCAUAUUCACUUUCUCCCAGAAAUAAUAUUCAAAGGAUUUCUUUGCCGCCUCGUCAUUAUAAUCUUUUUGAUUUUCGAAUAAUUUAUACAAAAAUAUCUUAUUCUUGGUAUCCAACGGCUUAUUUCUCGAUCUUGGAUAAGAAGUUCGUCUUCCACAAAUCAUAGUUGAUGCUUCACUGAACUGAUUCAAGCUAAGAAAAGCUGAAACAAUUAAAUUGAAAGAAUGUUAUCCAACAUGGUAGAUGGAAACCAAUAAGAACCACAAACAUGAUCCACUUACUAAUAAAGAGUAAUAACAAAAAAUAUUGUAAAUUCACACCCAUUUUGAAGAAAAAAGCACUAUUUCACUUAAAAAGGAAAGGAAGCUACUGUUUCUAGGGGCUCGGAAGUAUUUUUUAUUGCAUUUUAAAUAUUCAUAUUUACGCUUUAUUUGUCAUAAUUGUCCCAAUGUAUGUAAUAUUCACCAUAUUUGUCGCAUUCAUCAAUAACCAUACAUUUACAUAGUUUACAAUAAGUUCAAUUAAUGGUGACUAUUUGUGAAUAUCAUGAUUAUUACUGGUUCUCACCAUUGUGAAUGCUUCAUACCGCAAUACCGACUAGCCGAAUAAACUGUCGUUGUGUCAUGUGUCAGUUGCUUCACACCAGCCAUGGAAAUUGUACAGAACGCGCGUGAAGAGACACAAACAAGUAGCGAUAUUUUUAUUUUUUUGAAAAAAAAAUUUGGUGUGAAACUGCCAAAAGAAAUAAUAGGUAUUUUAAAGGAAUGUGCUUUCGACAGUAAGUCAAGUUUAACUCAGAUAGAUGAAGCAGCAGUGAAAUUAAUUGAGGAUUUUGUUAACUCCGACCGACAACAUUUUGAGUUGAUUUUGAAAAACACAAGAUACGAGAAGGCCAAACAGUUCAAACUAUUACCGGGAGAUAAAACAUUAAUUUUAUCUUUGCCAAAGUGGUUCAAAAAAAUUAAAAGAAGUAAACCAGCAAGCAAUUUCGACGAAACAAAUUUGAAUCUCAAAUUGAUAACGAAAUUGCAGAAAUUUGCGGAGAAAAACGGAUUUACAUGUGUUUUUGCUAUUGAUGACAUAUCAGAAAUUGAAAACGAAGGAACAGUGUACAAAUGCAAAUAUAAAUGCCCGGUAUCAGAGUGUAAUCGCAAAGUCCCUUGUCAAUUUACAACGAAUUGGACUGUCUCUAAUUUGCAGACACACAUAAAAAGUCAUUUUAAGAAAGCAAGCAACAGUGAAACGAUACUGCCGUAUACAAUCGAAGAAGUCGAAGUUGCCGACGACAGUCAAAUUGUUUUUUUAAACACACAACAACGCAACGACAUAAGUAAUAUUUUAGGCGCGUAGUACAGUUCCCGCCAGUUUACGCUUUGACGUUUAUCGUUUAUGAAUACUGUGAAUCUAUCGCACAAAUAAUCCUACACUUCAGCAUACACGUUUAGUUAUUUACACUCAAUUUUCUAAGAAAUAAUAAACAGUAAUUCAAAGAAAUAAUACAAAGUGAUUGAAAAAGUGAAGCAAACAUGUUUUUUGUUGUUUUUGACUUGCGAAGCGGUGAAUAUCGCAUUCUUCCACGUACUUGGAUCAACGAAAUCGACAAGCAUUUUUGUAAGUUCCUAAAAAAUAGUAUCAACAAGGGACAGCAAUUUUGGUGUUUUUACACUACAAACGAAGAUGCAUUCGAAAUGGUGAACGGCUUGAAUGUUCCGAAAGAUUCGUAUAAGCCGAAUUUUCAGUUAACGCGUAAAUCAGCAAAUGGCGAUGAAUGUUUCGUUGGAAAAUUUUUGAGCGUCGAAGAAACAUACAAACAAGCAGUUGAUGUACUUCAGCGCCGUCGAAAUCAAGCACCAAUGAAUUACAAUAGCAAUCGAUUGCUUGAACAACCAAUACCAAAAUUGCCCGCUCAAUUGUUGGCCGAUGAAGCCAGUGAAUUCGUUGAAACCGACGACACAGUUGAUGUUUCAGAAAAUAACAAUGACCGUUCUCAAAAUGAAAAUGAUGAAACACGUGAAUCGAAUGCCAACGAAAAUGAUACCGUUGGAAGUGAUAUCGAUGAGAACGACGCCGGUCAAAGUUUUUCUGAAACAAAUGAUCGCACACAAAUCGAAAAUGAUCCAGUUUUGCCUGGUGAAAAUUUGUUCUACGAUGGAGCAAGUGAAGAAGGAAAUGGUGAGACUACAGUCAACAGUAUAGAUGGCAAUGUUUUGGAAAAUGACAAUUUGGAAAAUGGUGCGAACGGUGAAACUAAUGAAGAUCAAGCGCAAUAUACUGUUGAACAGGUGUUCGUUGAAGAGACAGUUCAGGAUCGCAACAAUUCAAUCAUUGAUGGUUCUGAUGUUUCGCUAAUUGAUCAAAAGCCAGAUAUUGAAAACACGCUAAAUGUUCCUGCCGGAAACGUUGAUGAUAUUGUGGACAUUCUGGAUGACGAAGGUGAUGUGGUCGAAGAUGUUUUUGACGAAGAUUCAAAUACAGUCGAAAUGACAAUGACAUUUAAGGCGUCAAAAGGCUUCGCAAUGCCACUCCCUUCGGUAAAUGAUAAUUUAAUCAAACGAGAAAACGAUUUGAUGUCUGGAAAUCUACCAUUUAAUGUCAAGAAAACUGCUCGCGUUUAUAAAAUUGAUGGCAAACUACGAGAAAUCCCGAAUGCCAUUGUGAACAAGUUUUUUGAUUGGAGCCAUGCACCAUUCAAAAGCGAUACAGCGUACGAUCGUCGAUUGGUUAUUGCACUUUUAUAUGCGUUGGUCGAUGGCGAUGAUUUGGCCAAGUUCCUGGUAUCUGAUGAAGUCACAGACUUUAUACAACAUUUGAUGAAAAUAAGAUGUGAAGGUGACGUUGAUCGUCUCAAUGCAAUACAAGCAUACAAGGAUGAAGUUUGCCGUUCAAAACGGGACCAAAUGUAAUGAGCACAGAUCAUGGAAGCAAAUGAAAAAGUACAAUCUUAGCGCUGUGUACAAUCUACAAGUGAACUCAAUCAUCAAUACGAAUUUAUUAUCCUUUUAUAUAAUUAGUAAAAAAGCAAAAAAAGAACAAUUUUUUCUGAGAAAAAA